CAGGGAGGCUCCCCCGAAUGCAUCAACUAUUUUUCUUAUUGUGCGGAGUGCGAGCAAAGAAGGUAAGAGAGAGAUAAAAAAGAACUUCCCAAACUUCGCAGGCGGUUCCUGAAAAACCCUAAUUCUCAACUUUCUCUCUGAUCAUUUCCAAUGGCUUCGCGCUGUCGAUCUCUGGCAACCCCAACCAUUUCCCUUAUUAAAUCCACCAUAACCAAACCCUCCAUUAAACCCAGACCCGCCGCUUCCUUCACCCUCUGUUCUUCACCUACAAUUUCUAGGUCGGUUCCCCAGUUGGGUUCCCUUCAAUCUCUGCUUCCUCUUCAUUCGGCAGUCUCUUCUGCUCGACUAAUCUCAUGUCUUGGAAUUGAUUCAUUGUUCUCGAGGUCGUUAUCUCAGGGUAUGCUCUGCAGUGCAAACCCAGGAGUUUGAUAUCUCCAUUCUUUAUAAUUUAUUAUCUAAUUGGGUCUCUGUGUGCCGCGAUAAGGGAUGGAAUUUAAGAGAACGCUCUGAUUGAAGUGUGGGAUACACAAAGGAUGGCGAAACAAAUACUCUGUUAAUCAUUUAUUGGAGAUUCCCCGGUCUCUAUUUUGUUGUUUAGGUUGAGGUUAUAACUGAUGAGACAACCCCAGUCCAGAAUGCGUUACCCUUUCCCCAAUUGAUCUCUCAUUUUCAUAUAAAUUUUGUUAUCUGCGUAUUUCCAACACAAUGUUGCUCCCUAGUGAAUUAGACUCAUUGCUGUUGUUAUCAUCAUUACACUAGGCCAAGCAACGGAAAACUGCAAAUUCUUCGUUUUAAUCCUUUUUUUAGCACUUCUCUUUGAUUUUUGCAA